AUGGAUUUCAUGAUCGGGGGUUUGGCAGCCGGCGGCGCCACCCUAUUCAGCAACCCCUUCGACGUGGUGAAGACGCGCAUGCAGCUGCAGGGCGAGCUGAAGCCCCGCGGCCAGCACCAGGUCAUCUACAAGAACACCAUGAAGGGCGGCUACGUCAUAGCCAAGACCGAAGGGGUCAGGGGCCUGCAGAGGGGCUUGGCGACCGCUUUAAUGACGCAAAUCGUCAGGGACAGCACCAGAUUAGGUCUGUACCAGUGGUUUCACAAAAACGGUUAUUUAACCGACGAUAAUGGCAAAACUAUACUUUACAAAAGCGCCGUAGUGAGCGCUGCUACGGGAGCUGCUGGUGCCUUCUUGAGCAGCCCUUUGUUCUUGAUAAAAACCCAAUUGCAAUCGCAAGCGGCCCAGAAAAUCUCAGUAGGCACCCAACACGGUCACAAAGGACUCCACGCCGCUUUCAGGACAAUCUACAAGGACGAAGGAAUUUUUGGGCUCUGGAGAGGCGGCGUGGCGACUUGCAUGAGAGCUGUGGUGGGUUCUUCAACGCAAUUGACCACAUUCGCCAUUAGCAAGGACCUGUUGAGGGAGUACGAAUUAUUCUUGAGGUAUCCCGUUGUAGCUUCCUUCGUUGCUAGCAUUAUUUGCAGCUUUGUCCAGUGUGUACUAAUGAACCCUUUCGAUCUGGUCUCAACCCGACUGUACAAUCAAGGGGUGGACAAAAGCGGUAAAGGCGUCCUGUACGAUGGCCUUGUGGAUGCUUACAUUAAAAUCUUUAAAAAUGAAGGAUUUAGGGGAUUUUACAAAGGCGUUACGGCUAGUUACGUGCGAUUGGCCAGGCACGGUACUUUCUGUUUGGUAUUUUGGGACGUCCUGAAGGAUUUGCAGGAGAAAUACAUCGAUAAACCCAAAGACCCGACUCGCAACAGUUGA